GGCCGGAGAGCGCGGCGCUGGGUGAGCACAGGACAGUCGGCCCAAUAUGUCAAGACCUCUGAUCACUAGAUCCCCUGCAUCUCCAUUGAACAAUCAAGGCAUCCCCACUCCAGCACAGCUCACAAAAUCCAACGCACCAGUUCACAUUGAUGUGGGUGGGCACAUGUACACCAGCAGCUUGGCCACGCUUACAAAAUAUCCUGAUUCCAGAAUCGGACGGCUUUUCGAUGGCACAGAGCCCAUAGUCCUCGACAGUCUCAAGCAGCAUUAUUUCAUCGACAGAGAUGGGCAGAUGUUCAGAUAUAUCUUGAAUUUUUUAAGGACAUCGAAACUCCUCAUUCCUGACGAUUUCAAGGACUACAGUUUGUUAUAUGAAGAAGCAAAGUAUUUCCAGCUUCAGCCCAUGCUAGGAGAGAUGGAAAGGUGGAAACAGGACCGGGAGAGUGGCCGCUUCUCAAAGUCUUGUGAGUGCCUGGUGGUGCGAGUUGCCCCAGAUCUUGGAGAAAGGAUUACACUGAGUGGGGAUAAGUCAUUGAUAGAAGAAGUGUUUCCAGAAAUUGGUGACGUGAUGUGCAAUUCUGUCAAUGCCGGCUGGAAUCACGACUCAACGCACGUCAUCCGAUUUCCACUGAACGGAUACUGUCACCUCAACUCAGUUCAGGUACUUGAGAGGUUACAGCAAAGAGGUUUUGAGAUUGUUGGCUCAUGUGGAGGUGGCGUGGACUCUUCCCAAUUCAGUGAAUACGUACUGAGACGAGAACUCAGAAGGACAUCUCGUGCUCCCUCUGUCAUUCGAAUAAAGCAAGAGCCUCUGGACUAAAAUGGACACGUUUCUUUAUGCAAAAAAAAAAAAAAA